GGCGCGUGGCUCAGGGCGCCCUCUCCUCCGGCCGCCGGGCUCCGCGGAGUAGCUGGGACCGGGGAGCGGCUGCAAGGACUUCCCUCCUGCUCCCUCCCCCCUCCGCCCCCGCCUCCCGGCCCAGGCUCCAGAUCUCGCCGAAGACAAUUGCAGUAAAUGAGGACAUCGGAGGAGCACGGAGCCGGGUGGCUGUGGCUGGCUCCGCCGCGCCGCGAGCGAGCGAGCGCGCGGGCGUCCCCGGAGCCGGCCGAGCCGCUGCCUCCCCGCGCGCGUCGCUGAGCGGGGCCGGAGGGACGCGAGCUGCGGCGCGGGGGCCGGCCGGGCCGGGCGGGCCGGGCCGGCGGCAGUGGAGGGGGCGGGCGGCGGGCGCGCAGCCGGCCAGGUCCCGGGAGCCGAGCCUUCCUCGCGCGAGCCCGGCGAGCCUUGCCGCGGAUGCCCUGCCCCGAGUGCUCCGUGCCGCGCCAGGCUUGCCAGGGUCCGCGGCGAGACAUGCCCGAUCCAGGCGCUGCACCGACCUCGACUUAUCUGUAAGCAGCGGAAGGAACCAUGGUCAGUAAGGAAUCCGGCAAAUGCCAACUCGCAACGCCCGAGAGCGAAGUGGAGCCGGCCGCCUGCCUGGCCCUGGAGAUGAAAUACGCCCUGGAUCCCAACCGGCAGGUUAAAAAACGGAACAAAGCCCUGCAGGUGCGCUUUAAGGAUAUCUGCGAGGCCCAGAGUGAGCAGAGGGACACGCAGCUCUCCUCCGGACAGCCAGGAGAGAAGCGGGAGGCCAAGCCGGUGUCCUGCAGAGCAGCUUAUCGCAAAUACAUGACGGUGCCCGCGCGCCGCUCCAUCCCCAACGUCACCAAGAGCACAGGCGUGCAGACCUCGCCGGACCUCAGAAAGUGUUACCAGACAUUCCCUCUGGACCGCAAGAAAGGGAACCUCAAAAGCCUCCCAGCUGCAGAUCCCUUCAAGAGCCAAAACGAUGGGUUUCUAGCAGACACCAAGGAGAAGAGCGAGGCUGGCCCCAUGGGAGAGGCGCGGCCAUGCGGCGCAGGGCGGAUCCACAAGACCACGGCCCUGGUUUUCCACUCUCACGAGCACGUGAAUGCUGUGGACCAGCCUCCCGGGGCCAACUGCACAGAGCCCUGCAGAGACCCCGGUGUGCUCGGCCAUCCAGAGGGUCCUCUGGAGAACUCCUCCCGGCCUCCCUCCCAAGAGCCUGCUCACCAGCUGCAGGGGCGACCAAAGCCUGACGGGGGGACCCCAGACUCGGAGGAGCCCGCUCUGCCCACCCAGGGGAGGGUGUUUAAAACAGAGGUCGCCACUGUGUAUGCGCCUGCCAUCAGUGCCAGGGCCGCUGAGCCUGGCUUGUCAAACUCUGCUGCUGCCAGCCAGUGGUCCCUCUGCCCCGCCGAUGAGGAGCAGAGGAGAGCCACGCAUCUCAAUGGGCUGCAGGCGCCCCCGGGCUCUGCUCUGGCCUGCUCAGCCCCGGUGCAGUGCCUGUCCCCAGAAUGUAGCGAACAGCCCCUACAGACCCAGCCCAGUCCCACAGCGGAGGCGGGGGGUGAAGAAUGCCAACAAAUCGUGCCUCACACAGAAGUGGUGGACCUCAAGGCACAGCUUCAGAUGAUGGAGAACUUGAUCAGUUCCAGCCAGGAGACCAUCAAGGUGCUCCUGGGGGUCAUUCAGGAGCUGGAGAAAGGAGAAGCCCAUCGGGAAGGGCUUUCAUAUCGGACGGGGCAAGACACAGCUAAUUGUGACACAUGCAGGAACAGUGCAUGUAUUAUCUAUAGUGUGGAGCUGGACUUUAAGCAGCAGGAAGACAAGCUGCAGCCCGUGCUGAGGAAACUGCACCCUAUCGAGGAAACUCAGGUCGCCCCUUCGCCUUACACUCAGGAGACGUACUCCGCAACGCCCAAGCAAAAAUCCAAAACUGAGUCUAAAAAGCAUGGAAGAUGGAAACUCUGGUUCCUUUAACACUCGUGGUAUGUGAAGUCUCAAAGGCUGUCUUUAAAACCCACUGGAGUUAAAUCAAUCCUUUUCCAGAAUGAUUAGGAUCGAGGGAACUGCGGUGCCAAUCCACGCGCUCCCCGCUUCUCGCCCUGCGUACCAAAAAGGCCUUCGUUCCACCAGAUAAUUAACAGAGUAAGGUAGUCGAUGUCACACCUGGCUAGCUGUUCUUUGCAGUUCACGGAUGUGGGAUAUAAAACCUGAAAGGAAACUGAUGUACUCAACGAUGAUAAGUCAAACUUCUAACCCCCCAGAUCUGCAAGGCGUAGGUUACCAACCUGCACCAUGGCAGGCUGUCACUCUGCACACAGUGAAAACUCAUAAUUAUUUUCUCCAGCCUUUAUUUUAUUUUUAAAUAACGAGAAGAAAAAGCAAGCCUUAUGUUUGCAGAGGACUUCAUUUUUAAGUUCCAUCUUGCAGAUAAGCAGGGGGCGAGUGCAAUUUUCAGCACAUCAAAUUCCGGAGAAAGCACAAUUUUUUCAAGUGGUCGGAGACCAUGAAUAAUCUCUAAAAUGUGACUCUAUGUAUAUUUGCCUUCAUGUGCUGUAGCGCUAAGCCAAGUGACCACAUCUCAGUGUCACACUGACACCUCAAAUUGAGCACCCUCUUCAUCUCUAGACCUACGACAUGUUUACUGCUCAUUUUCCAAAUGGCCAGCAGCCAGGAGUCCCCCAAAGUCAAGACAUGCCUUUAAUCAUUGCAAGUUGACAGGGUCAGAGCUAUUGGACACUCAGCUUUCUUAGAUCUCGUUUUUAAUCUUUUGGUACCCAAAGGCCAAAUGAUAAAUUCUGGCAAGAAUUUGAAAACACACAUAGAGAUACACAAUGGAUAACACAGUCACCAAUAAAUCACAGGCUCUCUGCCACGGCGGGAAGUGUUUUUGUGGAUCAAUCCUCAGAGACACUGUUCGCCCAUAGUGUGCAGCCAGACAUUUUAUAUAAUUCGUUAUGCUUUAUAACAACCGUGCAAGGUCUGACCAUCUCAAAGAGAAACAGCGUGUUCCGUUUAGCUGCUACCAAUGGACAAACUUAUUAUCACCUACAUUUAACCUGUUAGUAAGUUGUACUAAACGACAUACUUAGGGGAAAGCUGUGAAUCAAAUAUUUUUAGGUAUUUUUUAAACCCACAGUAACACUCAGAGUUCUCUCUUGAUUACACAUUGCAAUGUAAAUCUUAGUUCCUUUAUUUUUUCACUCAUUUCUUUGCACCUUUGCAAGUAUCUUUUUUAUAGAGAAAAAAAAAGAAAACCUCCCCUAGUCUGUUCAUGACUUUGUCUAUCAAUUUUUUGCUUUUCACAAUAGGAAGUAGGGAUCUUACUUUGCCUUUUUUUGUACAACUAAAACUUUGAAUAGUUUGUGAACAUACCGAGAAACCCCGUCUUCGAGUUUUUGUCCGGCAGUUUCAUAUCUAAGAGUGCCGACGUGCACACUUCAUUGAUGACGCCAAACACAGAGUGGCUCAUGUUGGUAAAAGGAUCACGGCCCACUUUGUUCAGACUGGAGCUACUUCUUGCCGUGCAUUUUCCUCCUCCCUCAACAGCAAUUCUGUUUUAGUUCCGAGCGUUCUGCUUCUACCAGAACCUAGUUAUCAGCAAUCAGAUCUGGACUUGAAAAAGACUAAAGAGUAUUUGUGAAAACAUUCUUUAGGGGAUACUCAAACAAUACUGCAGAGGUAUACUUAAUUUCACACACACACACACACACACACACACACACACACACACACCCCUUUUGUGGAAAUACUGUAUAAGGAUUCAAAUCCCUGAAUAGCAGUAUCCCUGAAUAGUGGUAACAGAACUGGGAAAUAUUUUUGUGCAAGAAGAGCGAUAAGCAAGUUGUUCCUGUACCAUGAAGGAAGUGCCAUUGUUUCACGUAGACUAAAAAUUUAAAAACGUGUUUCAUGUUUUUAUACUGUUUUUAACUCAAGUUAUAAAAAUGUUUGCAACAAGUUCUUUCUCCUUCUGUUUUAAGAACCCCAGGGAGACCAGUGAAUGGGAAGAAAGGUGUCAGCAGCUUGCUGAAUUAGCACUGCACACCUGUCCCAACGAGAGGGCAUCCUGGGACAGCAGCUGUCCCAUGUCAAACCAGUCUAGACCAAAACUUCCAUGCUUAAAACUUUCAGAGUCAAACAAAGGAAACUCUGUAGGUAAACUAAUUCUUCCUGAAAAAUGAAAGCAACUCCAAAACAGAAAAUAACAUUUCCAAAAUCAUUUCAUGGUUUAAUUGCAAUGCAUCACUGACAGAUGGAGAUCCUUCUCUUGAAAGAUUUAAGUAAAAACUUUGACACAAAACCAAGGUGAAAUGUCCCAUGCUCCCUCAUAUGUACAUGUACAUGGCAUUACGUAUAGAGAUUAAAUUAUUAUACUUGUCAUCAAGUUCUUUAUUAAUUUUUAAA